AUGGCAUCCACAAAGCAAUCACAGAGGUUGCUUGCACAAUUCGCCAGCUCUCGAACUAGAAUCGCCAUCACCACCAAGCAGCCACAGCUUCAAUUCGGUCGCAGACUCGUCUCCUCCUCUUCAAAGUCCCAUUUCAAGGGUCAACAAUCCGGUGCCGCUUAUAGCCGCUUCCUCAUUGGCGCAAUUGGUCUCGCUGCUGCAGCUCCCAUCGCCUACAAGAUGGCCGUCCAAGAACCCUUCCAACUCGAUCCACCGACCCUGGCCGAGCGCGAUGCCCUGACCAAGCGGGAGUCCGAAGUUACCGUCGACUCGCCCAUGCGCCUGCGCAUGGAAAAGUUCAUCAAGGAACAGCAACAGAUCAUCGUCAAGGAGCUCGAGAAGGUCGACGGCACCAAGUUCCGCAAGGACGAAUGGAACCGGAAAGAGGGCGGCGGCGGCAUCACCUGCGUGCUCCAGGACGGCAACGUCUUUGAGAAGGGCGGCGUCGGCGUGUCCGUCGUCUACGGCACCCUCCCCAAGCCCGCCAUCGCCAAGAUGCGCGUGAACCACAAGAACCUCGACGACAACGUCGACUCCCUCCCCUUCUUCGCCGCCGGCCUCAGCAUGGUCCUGCACCCCAAGAACCCCAUGGCCCCGACGGUCCACCUCAAUUACCGCUACUUUGAGACGUCGAACCCCGACGGCACCUCCCAGGCUUGGUGGUUCGGCGGCGGCAGCGACCUGACCCCGUCCUACCUCUUUGACGAGGACGCUGUGCACUUCCACAAGACGCUCAAGGAGACGUGCGACUCGCACGACAAGAGCUACUACCCGCGCUUCAAGAAGUGGUGCGACGAGUACUUUUACAACAAGCACCGUGGCGAGUGCCGCGGCGUCGGCGGCAUCUUCUUUGACGACCUCGACGAGACCGAAAAGGACCGCGAGAACACUUUUGCCUUCAUCCAGGACUGCCUCAAAUCCUUCCUACCCGGCUACCUCCCCAUCCUCGAGAAGAGAAAGGACAUGCCCUUCAACGAGGCCGAGAAGGACUGGCAGCAGAUUCGCAGAGGCAAGUACGUCGAGUUCAACCUUGUCCACGACCGCGGCACCGCCUUUGGCCUCAACACCCCCGGCUCCAGAGUCGAGAGUAUCCUCAUGAGUCUGCCCCUGACGGCCAGCUGGAAGUACAUGCAUGAGCCCGAGCCCAAGAGCCGCGAGCAGCGCCUCGUGGAUGUCCUCAGAGCGCCCAAGGAGUGGGUUUAG